AUGUCAUCGAAUGAGAGACCAGCCGAAUGCGAUCCAGCACAUCCGGAGGUCACAAAUGAAGAUUUGCGUGCGAUGGUUCGUGAGUUCCAGCCAAUAGGGUCAUUCAAACACUCCAGAUUGCAAUCCCUUCAAGAUAGACUCAGCAGCUACAAACAAGUUAAUGGAGGUCUUCCGGCCCCUUCCAUACCACUACUCAUCGAGGCUGAGCGACCAUUUCAAAUCGCUUGGGCGGAUACAUCUGACAAGCUCCGGAGGGCUGAUGCUGAGCUACAGAGGCUGAGAAGAGCUGAACAGGCAAGCAUCGAAAUGCUCAAGGUGGUAGAUUCCAUGAUUCGUCAGUGUGAAGAACGAAACCAAAACUAA